GGUUUCCCACAUAUAAAAGAUCUGCAAUAAAGCUUCCGCUAUCAUUAUUUCCUCAAGCUGUCACAUAGCUGUGACCCUAUUCAAUGGCAGAUCCCAUAAGCUGUGUGCAGUCUCCCAGCUCAGAAAUUGAAGCUAUCUCCCAUGGCAGGUUCACCAUCAACACUCUGAUUGGCAACGAAGAGGACAACAUGAACAUCUACUACCAGCCUGAGCUCACUAACAGCAGCUUCAGUUCCUCCAACAACCUGACUCAAAACAGCAAUUUUUACUUGAGGACUUUUGGCUACAACACUCUGGAUGUUGUGCCCAGUUGCGAAUAUUAUGCCAACACACAGAUUGCAGGAGAGGAGAAGAAAAACAGACCGACCUUAGCAGAUCUGCGCUGCUACAUGGUGGGCACAGAGCAGGUUUUACCUCCCUUGCAGGAAAGUGAAACGAAUGAUGAACUUGGCAAAAGGGAGGGACGGGUGCUAAGUGAUGAGGUUCGAGAGAAACCUGUCCGAUUUGGUUGGAUAAAAGGUGUAAUGGUUCGAUGUAUGCUGAAUAUCUGGGGAGUUAUUCUCUACUUACGGCUAUCAUGGAUUACUGCACAGGCUGGAAUAGCUUUGACGUGGUUAAUCAUCUUGAUGUCUGUAAUUGUAACUAGUAUCACAGGUUUAUCCAUAUCAGCAAUAUCUACUAACGGCAAGGUCAAAUCAGGUGGAACGUAUUUCCUCAUCUCCAGGAGCCUUGGACCAGAGCUUGGAGGCCCUAUUGGUCUCAUUUUCGCUUUUGCAAAUGCAGUGGCAGUUUCUAUGCACACUGUAGGCUUUGCUGAAACUGUAAAAGACCUCCUCAUUGAGCACAGUGCAACAAUUGUGGAUCCCACAAAUGAUAUCCGGAUUAUUGGAGUCAUAACAGUUACAGUGCUGCUCGGGAUUUCACUGGCUGGGAUGGAAUGGGAAGCAAAGGCACAAGUUGGCUUCUUCUUUGUGAUCCUCGUGUCCCUUGCAAAUUACAUUGUGGGGACAAUUAUCCCACCGUCAGUGGAGAAACAGGCCAAAGGCUUCUUCAGUUAUCGAGGUGAUAUUUUUGCCCAAAACUUUUUGCCCAACUGGCGAGGUAAGGAUGCAUCAUUCUUUGGCAUGUUUUCCAUUUUCUUCCCCUCUGCGACUGGGAUCCUGGCAGGUGCAAACAUCUCCGGUGACUUGAAGGAUCCUGCUGUAGCCAUCCCCAAGGGAACCUUGUUUGCCAUUUUUUGGACAGCACUUUCCUACCUUAUAAUUUCUGUCACUAUUGGAUCUUGUGUGGUACUUGAUGCUUCUGGUAAUGUGAAUGACACCAUAGCUACUGGGUCAAUGGAUUGUGAAGGCAUUGCCUGUCGCUAUGGAUGGAACUUCACUGACUGCAUACAGACCGGUACUUGUCAAUAUGGGCUCAUUAACAACUACCAGACUAUGAGCAUGGUGUCUGGGUUUGCACCGUUGAUUACGGCUGGGAUCUUUGGAGCUACUCUGUCUUCAGCUCUUGCUUGCCUUGUGUCUGCACCCAAAGUCUUCCAGUGCCUGUGCAAGGACAACCUUUACCCUGGUAUUGGUGUCUUUGGAAAAGGUUAUGGGAAGAAUAACGAGCCCAUCUACAGUUACCUUCUCACCUACUUCAUUGCUAUUGCUUUCAUUCUUAUUGCGGAACUGAACACAAUAGCUCCAAUUAUCUCCAACUUUUUCCUGUGCUCCUACGCUCUCAUCAAUUUUAGCUGCUUCCAUGCGUCGAUUACCAACUCCCCAGGUUGGAGACCUUCAUUCACAUAUUAUAACAAGUGGGCUUCUUUGUUUGGUGCAGUUAUUUCAGUGGUCAUCAUGUUCUUACUGACAUGGUGGGCAGCCCUCAUUGCCAUUGGAAUUGUAGGCUUCCUUCUGGCAUAUGCAUUGUACAAGAAGCCUGAUGUGAAUUGGGGGUCAUCUGUUCAAGCUGGCUCCUACAACAUGGCCCUGUUCUACUCUGUGGGUUUGAAUGAAGUGGAUGAUCAUAUUAAAAAUUACAGGCCUCAGUGUUUGGUUCUUACUGGUCCUCCGAACAUCCGCCCAGCACUGGUUGAUUUUAUUGGGACUUUUACCAAAAACCACAGUCUGAUGGUGUGCGGGAAUGUGCUCAUCGGACAUCAAAAAGAAAAGGUGUCUGAAGUCACCUCAAAUGGACACGUCAAGUGGAUGAUCAAGAGAAAGGUCAGGUCGUUUUAUACCGCAGUGGCUGCAGAUAACCUACGAACAGGAUCGCGAAUGUUAAUGCAGGCUGUUGGGCUGGGAAGGAUGAAGCCCAAUGUCCUUGUGAUGGGAUUUAAAAGGAAUUGGCAUUCUGAUCAUCCACAGAAGUUGGAAAAUUACACUGGCAUUAUAUAUGACUCAUUUGACUUGAAUUAUGGCGUGUGCGUGAUGAGAAUGAAGCAAGGCCUGGACAUCACGAGAAUGACGCAGACUUGUGUAGACUCCAGAGCAGCGUUUGUUGAGCAGCAGACCAGUACCAUUUUCCAGCUGGGACAAGCCAAAAAAACCAUUGACAUCUACUGGCUCUUUGAUGACGGAGGCCUCACCCUCUUAAUUCCGUAUCUUCUCACUCGCAAGAAGAGGUGGCGCCGGUGCAAGGUUCGAGUGUUCGUGGGCGGUCAGAUCAGUCGCAUGGACGAGGAAAGAAAGGCGAUGGUUAAUCUCUUAAGCAAAUUCCGUCUUGGCUUCCAUGAGGUCCAUGUCCUGCCGGACAUCAACCAGAAACCUCGUUCUGAACAAGUAAAGAGGUUUGAGGAUCUGGUUGCUCCUUUCAGACUGAAUGACGGGUUCAAAGAUGAAGCCAUUGUUAAAGAGAUGAGGAAGGACUGUCCUUGGAAGAUCUCAGACGAGGAGAUUAAGAAAAACAAUGCAAAGUCACUCCGACAAGUGAAACUGAAUGAGAUCUUACUGGAUUACUCCCGUGAUGCUGCAUUGAUAGUUAUUACCAUGCCGAUCGCAAGAGAGGGGAAAAGCCCAAGUGCACUGUACAUGGCCUGGCUGGAGACACUAUCACAGGAUUUACGCCCUCCUGUUCUAUUAGUCCGAGGAAAUCAGCAAAAUGUUUUGACAUUCUACUGUCAAUAACACUUUAUCACUUGAACUAAAUACGUUUGCAAUAGUUGACACAAUAAAUGUGAAUGUAUGUUGCAAAUGAACAGUAAAACUAUACAUGUUUUGUAUCUGUGAUUUUAAGGACUUGAAAAUAAAAAUGUGAGCUGAACGUACAAGACUAGCAUGAAGGAGCCGGCACUGUGAAAAGAGAACACCACUUUUAAUUAGACGUUUAAUAUAUUACAAGUUAAUGACUUUAUAAAGUAAUAAUAAUUCUAAUACAGUGAACUAAUCAAUGUUCAUGCUUUAUGAAGCAUCACUUAAUAAAUCAAAAGCACAAGAGAUUCUGCACAUGCAAUGGCUGAUCUUACUAACCUUGGGUCAAGUAGGGAGGUCUGUGUAGUAGAUUCAGACAAUCGAGUGUGGAGGCCCUGUAUCAGAUCAGAGGCUUUGGCAAAAAGCAGAGUUGGAGGCAAAGUUUCAUCCCAUCUAAGCUGUCAAGCUGUUACCUGCUCACAGAGGUACUUCAUAACUAUUAAAAUUGACAUAAAUGAUUGGAAAAAUUCAAAAACAAGUAAAAAUAUUUUUAAAAAAUUAAAAGAUUACUUUAAAUAUUACUUUCAAUUUGCCUCUCAAUGUGCAGGCCUAGAAUUAUCAUUGAAAUCAACGGAUUCAUGAAUCCAAUGGUAAAUGCAACCUGGCAUAAGAGUAUGAGAGAUUCAGUGUCAUGCUGGGAAUUCCAGUAAGGCUGGGAUCCAUGACUGAAUUCCGAGUGGUGUUCCAUCUGUCUCUCAGUAACUUUCAGUUCUGUGACGGAAAAUGUGUGCAUGCAAUUCCAAGAUUUAUCUAAACUUGGCUGAAAGGAACUGCCAGCUGUGACCUGCAAGGUUUGCCUUGUUGAAUGUUGUCAAUGUAAGUCAUCCAAAUGUUUUGAUUGUUGCACUGUAAUCAUUUAUUCUGUCUCAAAUUGGUACCAAGUUAAGAUUAAAUAAAAAGCAAA